AUUACAGGCCUGCACCACCACACCUCUCUGAGCACUUACUUUGUGCCUGGCAACUUCCAUCCAGGCUCUCAGCCAACCCUCCGAGUUUCCUGAGGUCACAUAGGUAUUAGAUGUUAGUUCCAGAGGCUUCUCCAAAGGAGCAGAUCUGGCUGGGGCGGGGGUGCACCGAGUUUGGGGAGAGACAAGGUGAACCCACUUGGCGCUCUGACCAUUGGCUUCUCUGGCACCCUGGACCUGUCAGGUAGGUGGAGGCGACUCCAAGUCAGAGAUGAGAAAACUAAGUCUCCAGGAGGUUUCCCGGCCACAAAAGACUGGGUUCAAAACAUACAGCGAUUUUCUCCCACCCCCAGCUUUAGAUAUGAUUUCAUUCAAAGUUCCUGUGCUCCUGGUCUCUGAGGGUUGUGGGGAGCUGGGGAGUCCGGAGCCCCCCAUCACCAGCCCACCAUACCUCCUGCACCCACAACCCUUGUGACAGCCCCUUUGGGGGACCCUCAACCCCACACCCCAGCUCCCGGCUGCCCGAGCGAGUGCGGGACCCGAGCGCGGGGGGUGCGGGCUGGGAGUGGGGGCGGAGGGAGGAACAAUGGCCCCCUCCCCUCCCCACCGGCCGGAGGGUGGGGUCUCCCUGCCCCGCCUCCCCGCUCCUCCCCCGCCCAGGCGAUGAGGUAAUCGCGCCGCCGAGAGGCAGCGCAGCCGGUGCCCAGCCGGUCGGUCCCGCGCCCCUGCCCGGUGCCACCGCCCCCUGCCCACCCGCCACCCUGCCGGCCGCACCAUGGCCGAGCGCUGCAGCCUGUGGAGCGCGCUGUCCGCCGCUGCCUGCUGCUUCUACCGCGGCUCUUUCGUGCAGGUGCAGUUCUCCAAGGAGAAGUACAUCUUGGACUCCUCACCAGAGAAGUUGCACAAGGAGCUGGAGGAAGAGCUGAAACUCAGCAGCACUGACCUCCGCAGCCAUGCCUGGUACCACGGCCGCAUCCCCCGUGAGGUCUCAGAGACCCUGGUGCAGCGCAACGGUGACUUCCUCAUCCGGGACUCGCUCACCAGCCUGGGUGACUAUGUGCUCACGUGCCGCUGGCGCAACCAGGCCUUGCACUUCAAGAUCAACAAGGUGGUGGUGAAGGCGGGGGAGAGCUACACCCACAUCCAGUACCUGUUCGAGCAGGAGAGCUUCGACCACGUGCCCGCCCUGGUGCGCUACCAUGUGGGCAGCCGCAAGGCUGUGUCAGAGCAGAGCGGCGCCAUCAUCUAUUGCCCAGUCAACCGCACCUUCCCGCUGCGCUACCUCGAGGCCAGCUAUGGCCUGGGCCCGGCCAGUGGCAAGGCUGCCAGCCCCGCCAGCCCCUCGGGGACCAAGGGCAGCCACAUGAAGCGGCGCAGUGUCACCAUGACAGAUGGGCUCACUGCCGACAAGGUCACCCGUGGCGACGGCUGCCUCACCAGCGCGUCCCUGCCCCAGCCCCGGGACUCCAUCCGCAACUGUGCCCUCAGCCUGGACCGGAUCCCAGACCUGCACUCGCCCCUGCCCCCCAUCUCUGAGAGCCCCAGCUCCCCAGCCUACAGCACAGUCACCCGAGCCCACGCUGCCCCUGCAGCCCCCUCCACCACUGUACCACCAGCCUCUCCCGUUGCCCGCCGCUCCAGCGAGCCCCAGCUGAGUUCAGGAAGUGCCCCAAAGCCCCUCGGGGAGUUGGACAAGGCCACCCAUGCCAGCCCCAAUCACAGCCUCGGCAAGGCCUCCCCGUCGCCGUCACUCAGCAGCUACAGCGACCCAGACUCUGGCCACUACUGCCAGCUGAAGCCCCCUGCACGUGGCAGCCGCGAGUGGGCCACAGCUGAGACCUCCAGUAGGCAAGCUCGGAGCUAUGGGGAAAAGCUAAAGGAACUGUCGGAAAGUGGGACCCUUGAGGGGGACAGGGGCAAGGGCUUCACUGCGCCAGUUGUGGAAGCCACCUCCUCCUUCAACCUGGCCACCUUCCAGUCCCUGCUGAUCCCCAAAGAAAACAGGCCCCUGGAGGUGGGGCUGCUGCGCAAGGUGAAGGAGCUGCUGGCCGAGGUGGACGCCCGCACGCUGGCCCGGCAUGUCACCAAGGUCGACUGCCUGGUUGCUAGGAUACUGGGCGUUACCAAGGAGAUGCAGACCCUAAUGGGAGUCCGCUGGGGCAUGGAGCUGCUCACCCUCCCCCAUGGCCGGCAGCUCCGACUAGACCUGCUGGAGAGGUUCCACACCAUGUCCAUCAUGCUUGCGGUGGACAUCCUGGGUUGCACCGGCUCGGCGGAGGAGCGCGCGGCGCUGCUGCACAAGACAAUCCAGCUGGCUGCAGAGCUGCGGGGGACCAUGGGCAAUAUGUUCAGCUUCGCCGCCGUCAUGAGCGCCCUGGACAUGGCGCAGAUUUCCCGGCUAGAGCAGACGUGGGUGACCCUGCGGCAGCGACACACAGAGGGCGCCAUCCUAUACGAAAAGAAGCUCAAGCCUUUUCUCAAGAGCCUCAAUGAGGGCAAAGAAGGUCCACCGCUGAGCAACACCACGUUUCCGCAUGUGCUGCCGCUCAUCACGCUGCUGGAGUGCGACUCAGCGCCCACCGAGGGCCCAGAGCCCUGGGGCAGCACGGAGCACGGCGUGGAGGUGGUGCUGGCGCACCUAGAGGCUGCCCGCACGGUGGCACACCACGGAGGCCUGUACCACACCAACGCUGAGGUCAAGCUGCAGGGGUUCCAGCCCCGCCCGGAGCUGCUGGAGGUGUUCAGCACUGAGUUCCAGAUGCGUCUCCUCUGGGGCAGCCAGGGCGCCAGCAGCAGCCAGGCCCGGCGCUAUGAGACGUUCGACAAGGUCCUCACCGCCCUGUCCCACAAGCUGGAGCCUGCCGUGCGCUCCAGCGAGCUGUGACCCCCAGGGACUGCUCCCCUCUGCUGUGGCAGGCAGCACUGGGGACAGAAGGGCACAGACCUUCCCCAGAGCACCCCAGGGACACUGUGAUCAGCCCAGGAAUGUUCUGGGUUCAACUCCGGGAUCUUCCUUGCACCUCCUCCAGGGUCCUGCGUGACUCUGGGCUCUGUCCCACUGCCACACACUCACCGAGUCUCCCUCAGGAAGGACAGGAAGCCCUGUUCCUCCCACCGGCUUCUGUUGUCCCCCUUUUGGUCGAGGUUCCCUGAUUUCGAGCCAUGGAGGUCCCCAGGCCUCCUCUCCACAACAGGCCUCUGCCCCCGCUGCACCGCUGUAAAUAAGCCGCAUACCUGUAAAUAGAUGUACAGAGCUAUGUCCUUUCUUUCAUAUAAUAAACUUUUAUGACUCUUUCU